CACAUCCUCCGGACCCAACGACAUGCCAAUUCUACCCGACGGCAGGGUUCUUCGACUGCCACAACGACCUGUUGAGACGCCCCGCACCUACUCGAAUUCCUAUAGCCUCUGGAUGCCACCUAAUGCCACGACGACUAUCACCAUUAUUGAACACGGUUCGACGGAUGAGGAGGACUUUCCACCUUCACGUUUACUCUCUGUGUCGUCCAUCCCCGAACAUGAAGUGCCACCAUCGCCGGAACGUGUCUUUACCUCCGCGGAUGCGCAUGAGUCUGUGACGAGCAUCAACUGCCACUUGCAAACACGAUCGUUCUACCCCAUCGACCCGGCACACAAGAGGGCGACUCUUCUGAACCUAGUAGAAGCCACCAUACGCCCCUUAACGCCCGUCCCCGCCGAAGACGACUCUGACCAUGAAGACGUUUCGUACUUGCUAUCUCUGGUGCCGCCUAGUCCUACCAACACCACCACUGGUACUUUCGACGAUGAUGAGUCUGAUGAUGAGUACUUGGAUGAUUCCGCCGGUCUUGGACCUCCUUCUAUGGCCGCUCCAUUCUUCACGUAUCCGGUAUGCAACAACGGCGAUAGCUCAGGUGAAGAAGGCUGGGACGUUGAUGAUGAAGACGAACAAGGUUUAGCAAGAGGGCGCGCCCUUUUUGUUGGUCGAGUCCUGAAUUUCGAGGAUACUCGCCCUGGAACCCCUCUGAGGUCAUUUUUGGAUAUGUCGACUGAGGAUUCGGACGAGGAUGAUUCGGACGAAUAUCCUUGUAAUGCUCUCAUAUUCGAUGAUGAGUUUACGGUGGAUCAAAUCUAUCGGGAUCGACGGACUCCAGAUCUCAGGGAGUCAGUGCUCGACAGGACUGACAGGGCAUCUCAAUCCCAAGUCGAAUCUCUGAGCCGGCGGUCAUCGGAAUCCGGCUCGCGCACAGGACGCGAUAGCCAAGUUCUGCUUGAUGACGUCUUCAAUCCUGACGUUACAAUGGAUCUUUUCUCUCACCCCGAACCGGAAGAGCACCCGUACGCCCUCAUGGUCUCGUCCACGCAGCGGUUCUACGAGUGUGAUAAUCCGAAUCACAUCCCCCACCUUCGGUACGAGCAUUGCUGCACGAAUUCUGUCCACCCGUACCAACACCCCUCGUUCGCGCCGUUUUUGCCGUUUCUAUCGAUAAGCCGACCUCGGUCGUCCGCUUCCUCGCUGCUUCCGAAGAGGAGCACGCGCAGCGCUGCGGGUAAGAUUGUUCAUGGUCUCACGAAGAGCCUGCGCGGCGCUUUCGCGAAGGUUCCCAGCAACGCCGGAAGCAGGGACGCGAAGGGGAAGAAGAGAAUGAGGACGCCUGAUUUUGAAGUUCCGAACGGCUCCUCGUCGACCUCUCUUCUCUCGCCUUUCCGUCUUAAGAGAGCAAAGAAGUUCUAAAAAUGCUGCAAUGUUCUUCUAUGCUUUAUAUAUGCGGUAUGUAGAUAAGUCUGGUACCUAACUUUCUUAGUUUCCGAGCCAUUUCUCUAUUGUAUGAUUAACGUCC